GUGUAACUGCAGCUCUGCGGUUGCCAUGGUACGGCGUCAGUCGCUGGAUUGAAGCAAACCUACAGACGUGGAGUGAGAACAGACAAACCGGUUUCUGACCCACAGACUUCCUCCUGUCUCACUGGGGAUAUUUACAGAGAGACUGCGAGCAGCCACCAGAACACAACAGCAGCCUGGAGACGAUCAAAUAUGGUUUAGAAGACAGAGGCGACUGGGGUGUGAUUGACAACAUGGAGUCUGAAAAUGCCACUGACCGAUAUGAAGACAACAAGGAUGGAAGUCGCCAGUCCCUCCGGAGUAGAAGUAAAGAUUCCCGAGCAUCAUCCAUCCAAAAACACAAAAGCAAUUCCCGGGAUAAUAUCGAGGAUAAGGAUGAAAACGAUUCCUGUGCUGAGAGUAGAUCCAAAACUAGAACCUGGCGUUCAGAUCCUGAUCGGGACCAGGUAUCAGAUGGUGAGGGUCGGAGAAGUAGUGGCUCCUUUUACUCAGAGGACUAUGAGAAUGAGUCUCCUUCAGAGCGUUCGCUCUCACCACAUUCCCGAUCCCGGACGCCACCAUCCCCUACUCCUCAAAAAGGGGUGCGGGCAAAGAGGAUUUCUGUCAGCCCCCUCUACAAAACAGGUGGUGUGGGGCGCAAGGGUUUGUCCCGUCCACAGCGUUUAGGUCGCCAACCCCUGACACAGCAGCAUCGGAAGGGAGUGCGAUCACAAAGCAACGAGUCCACAACCCCAAAAGACCUGGAUCUUGUGACCAAGCGGAUGCUUUCGGCCCGCCUGCUAAAGAUCAAUGAAUUGCGCAACACUCUUGCUGAGCUGCAGCAGCGCACUGAUGAGCUGCGGAAAGAAAACCGAAUCCUCAGACAGCUUCAGUUUCGUCAAGAGAAAGCCCUGCAGCGCUACGAUGACACAGAAAGCGAGAUUUCCCAGUUGUUGUCGCGCCACUCCAACGAGACCCAGGUGCUGCGCGAACGACUCAGGCGCACUCAAGAGCGCGAACGUGCGGCUGAGCGGAGGCUGAAAGAAAGCGAGGAGCAGCUGCAGAGAAGUCAGGCGACCAUCAUCCGGCUAAAGAAGCUGGUCGACCAGCGAGAGUUAGGAGCCAGGGACGAGUUGAGCCGCAAGCUGGAGGAAGAAAAGACACGAGCCCAGGAGGCAGAUCGCAAGAUUAAGGAGCUGGAGCGCAGCAUGGAGCUGAGCAACAGCAGUUACCAGAGGCAGUUGGCUGCAGAGAGGAAGAAGACCAUCAGUGCCCAGGAGGAGAUCAGGACCCUGCAGGAGGAGCUGGAGAGACUGACCAACAGACUUAAGGAGAAGGAGAGAGAACUAGACGCCACAAACAUUUAUGCCAACCGCAUGGUGAAAUCCUCACGUAGAACAGAUGCUGACAGCUGCACAAAGCGGAAAGUCCCCAGCAGGAACAGCAGCAAGGCAGUGCAGACUCAAGAUAUGGUGUCCAGUCUGGGUUUCCCCACACCCCCCCCUGCCAUCACCGAUGCCAAUGAUUACAGUGAGCAGGGACCUGAUGAAUACCUAUCACUCAAGGAGCUUGGUGGAGGGGACAGACAGGCAAAGACCGAAGACAGGAAUCAAAACCGGGAGCGACAGAAGACGAGUGACAAGGAAAAGGAAAGAGACAGGGAGAAAGAGCAAGACAAGCAGCAACUCAAGCAGGAGAUGAAUGCGCAUGAAGAGAAGGCGAAGAGAUUAAGAGACGGCGGUGAGAAAGAAUCUGAGGAAGAAGACAGAAAGAAGACAAGUUCACUGUUGAACCAGAAGGAGAAUGAGAACAACAGGAAGCGUGGUCAUGUCCAGGAGGAGGUGGAGAGGUGGAACCAAGAGGUUCUGGCCAAUCAGCAUACAGCAGAGGAAGCACGUGAGAAAAAAGAGCAGCUGCUGGCCAAGAUGCGCGAUAUAGAUCGUCAAAACCAGGGCGGCCAGGACUCCAUGUUUGCUGAGUCGAGUCUUUCCGAGACCAACAAAAGUUCAAGCGACCACUUUUCUCCUCGUCCUCCUGAGCAGAGGAACCAUAACUCUUCGAUUUUCAGCCUCACGGCACCAGAGGAGUCGGCCAGUUUGGGUGCUGGGGAUGGAAGCGGAGUAGGUGGAAGGAGAAUAGCAGGUAUAGAGGGUGGAGCAGCGACAACAGGGGUGGGGAGGAGAGCACUACGCCCUCAAAUCUCCAGUGACGAUUUGGCGUUCGGAGCCUACGCGCCAUCUUUCGGGCUCUCAACUUCCCGCGGGUCUUUUGGUUUCCCUCCACCUCCAUCCAGAGAGGACAGGGACUCUGCUUUAGAGGCAAUAGGUGUUUUUAGUCUCAGAGGGGUGGAGACAGAAAAAGAGAAGGACACAGAAAAAGGGACGGGCAAGGAUAGAAAGUCUAGUCUGAUGCAGCAGCUCUUUGGAGCAAUAGCCACACCCGCUGGUGACGGUGUGAGCGCCUCCAAUAGAAUGGGGGUCCUUAGUAGUCCUCCAACUACCAAUGGGGUACAUUCAAGAAAGGAAAGACUCCACAGCUUCAACUCAGGGUCUUCCACUCCUCCUGCGUCCUCUUUAAGCAUCCUACAUGUAGCUGAUAGCCGACCUGCCAUCCGUGCCAUCCCCUCAUUCGAUGACGACAUAGAGGAACUGACUUUAUGAAAGUAAUUUAGCCCAGAGGUAGUCGUUCUCAUAGUCGGCCGCCACGUCUGUUAAAUGAGGACCAUUAUCAACAAAAACAACCAAACAUAGAAGGGAAGAAACUGCAAAGUGUUAAAAGUACUAUAUGACAACAUACAUGAUAAUAUAUUUCCGCUUUUUAUUCGUCUUAAAAUUGUCAUCAUGUAGGAAAUAUGUAAUUGAAAGUGGUUGUACAGAAAAUGUGUUUUAAUUGUAGUUGCACUUUUUAGACUUUUGUUUUAUUUGAAGAUGUGUGUCACUGGCUGUAGUUCAGUUUAUCUGAGAAACACAAAGUCCGCAGAGCCACAACACACACACACACACACACACACACACACACACACACACACACACACACACACACACACACACACACACACACACACACACACGAUCCCUGCAUCUUGUCCAAUAAACACAAAGACCCAAUAUGAGAAGUACAGACAGUGAAACUGGGAAAAACAUUGUCUCAAUACGUUUCACAUUUCAGCGCUUUGCCAUAUUUUGUAGUGCCCAUGUGUAAUUAUAGAUCUAUUUAUUUUUUGUGGUUACAUUUGUGGAACAAAAUUUAUUCCAUUAACUUUCGUUUCUCUCUGAGACUCAGUAAUUUACCAUCAAGCGAUAUGUCAAUCAUACUAUACGUGGACUUAUUUUGGAAAAAAUCUGACAAUCACACAAAAUGGGUUAUUUUUGUAACUUCCUGCAAGUUUAUGUCUGUUAUUACAAUUAUUUAUAUGCAUUUUUAGUUGGAAAAUGUCCUUAACCCUACAGAAAAUAUAUUAUAGUUGAAUAAUCGGCAUAAUGGUUGUGUGUAAUCUAGCACAUUCAAAAGAUAUUGCUUUCUUUAGGCCUAUUUAUAGGAGUGAAUACUCUUAAUUCCUGGUGUGUUCCAGGGCCGUAUUACACUGAGCAGACAAUCAGCACUAAUACAAACCAUCAAGAGAAGCUACCAUGCUCUAUUUAUAUAACUGUUUAUUUAGUAUAUAAUUUUGUAUUUAUAAGAUUAAAAGUCAACGUGUAAAAUUAGUAUUUGUAUUUUCUCAGUUUCGAGGAGCUCUUUGUUAUAUGGUCGUUUUCAUGAGGGAAACAUGUAAUGAAAACUUUGUCCGUCACUUUUCAUAUUCUGAAUUUUUCAUGUUUUCUACUUUCUGUCCAGUGAUAUUAAAUGUUUCAAGCAACACAAA